UUCUUCCGAGGGAAAUCGAGCACGCUCAGACAGAAGUUCGGACUACAGCAACACGAAAAUCUGACGCGGGGGCGAUAAGUAACGCUUUCAGUUUUUGUGGUUUAGCAGCUCGGUCGCAGAGCUGUUCGUCUGUCCAUGCUGCAGCUGCUGUGCCGGAGUUCGGCGGUGAGCCAGACGCUAGCGCGAUGGGGACGGAGGUCAUAUCGGGGAGGUGGCCUCCUGCUACACCGCGCUCUGUCUUGCACCUCCAGCCGCUGUCACGGUGCCGAUUCGGGAGAAGGCUAUGCUCAUCCCGCAAAGGCCAGCUCCAGUAACGCACUGUACCGGGAUUCGGUGCUUUUGCCCCGGACCGAGUUCCCGAUGAAGCUGGCCGGACAGAAGCUUCUGGACCGAGAACUUCAAGUACAGCAGGAGUGUGGUUUUGCAGAGCUGUACUCAUGGCAGCGAGGGAGGAAGGCCAAGAAAGAGUUCUGCCUCCAUGAUGGACCACCAUAUGCCAACGGAGACCCUCAUGUUGGACACGCCCUCAAUAAGAUCCUGAAGGACAUCCGUAACCGUUUUGAGAUGCUAAGAGGGCGGCAGGUGCACUACAUCCCAGGCUGGGACUGCCAUGGCCUCCCCAUCGAGCUGAAGGCUCUGGGAGACAUGGGGACCAGCGGGCUUAGUCCUCUGCAAAUCAGACAGAAAGCGCGAGAGUUCGCAGAGGGAGCGAUAGCUCGUCAAAAAGCUGCCUUCCAGCGCUGGGGGGUCAUGGCUGACUGGGAUCAGUGCUACUACACGUUUGAUGGCACCUACGAGGCUGCUCAGCUGAAAGUCUUCCAGGAGAUGCACAGCAAGGGGCUCAUAUACCAGGACUACAAGCCUGUCUUCUGGUCUCCUUCCUCCAAAACAGCCCUGGCAGAGGCAGAGCUGGAGUACAACCCUGAGCAUGUGAGCAGAGCCAUCUAUGCCACGUUCCCCCUUGUCAAGCUUCCACCAAAGAUCGCUGCACAAGAAGGUUUGGAAAGUGUUUCUGUGUUGGUGUGGACCACCCAACCUUGGACCAUUCCCGCCAACCAGGCUGUCUGCUUCAUGCCCAAUGCUCAAUAUUCUGUGGUGAGGAGAGCAGACAGCUCUCAGAAGCUUCUGGUAGCAACUGAGCGGGUGGGCAGCAUGGCAGCUCUGCUGGGCACCGAACUGCAGACUGUGGGCACCUUCACAGGCUCCCUCCUUGAAGGCGGAAUCUGCAAACAUCCCACAAUUCCUGACAAGCAAGUGCCAUUACUGCCUGCUAAUCACGUGACCAUGGCAAAAGGAACUGGACUGGUUCACACGGCGCCGGCGCACGGCAUGGAGGACUACAGCGUAGCUUCGCAGUUUAAACUGUCUGUGGAGUGUAUGGUGGAUGAAGACGGGAAGUUCAAUGAACUGGCUGGACCUGAGCUCCAGAGGCUGUCUGUAAUGACAGAAGGAAAUGAUAAAGUGAUUUCAAUGCUGAAGCAGUGCGGUGCUCUGCUGCAGGAGGAGCAGUGCGUCCACAGUUACCCGUAUGACUGGAGGACGAAGCAGCCUGUGGUCAUCAGACCCAGCAAACAGUGGUUCAUCAACACAGAGACGCUCAAAGACAAAGCGAAGGAGGCCCUGCAGAAGGUGCGUGUGUUGCCCGAGUCAGCCAGGAGCAGCCUGCUCGCCAUGCUGGACAGACGGACGUACUGGUGCAUCUCCAGACAGCGCAGCUGGGGCGUCCCGAUCCCCGUCUUCUACCACAGAGAGAGCGGAGAGGCUCUUAUUAACAAAUACACCGUGUCCCACAUCGUAAAUCUCUUCAAAGAAAAGGGCAGCGACUGUUGGUGGGAGCUUCCCACUGAGACUCUGCUGCCUCCCGAGGUGCUCAAGAAGAGUAAAGCAGGCCCAGUGAGUGAUUAUGUUCGUGGAGAAGACGUCCUGGACAUCUGGUUUGACAGUGGAGCGUCGUGGGCAGCAGUACUCGAAGAGAUGCAGGAAGACUCUGAGGAGCCUGAGUCACGCCUCAGAUGGCUCUCAGCUGGACUACACAAAUCUCUGGUUACAGAGUCGGACCCCCGGGCUGAUGUUUACAUGGAGGGAAAGGACCAGAUUGGAGGCUGGUUUCAAUCGUCGCUGCUCACCAGCGUGGCCGUCAGGAACAAGGCACCUUACAAGUCUCUGGUGGUCCACGGGUUUGCAGUCAGUGAGAAGGGAGAGAAGAUGUCCAAGUCUCUGGGCAACGUUGUGGAUCCUGAUGUGGUUGUUAAUGGAGGGAAGGACGCCAGUGAGCCGGCCUACGGGGCAGAUGUCCUCCGUUGGUGGGUGGCAGAGUCAAAUGUCUUCUCUGAGGUCCAGAUUGGCCCCACUGCACUCAACUCAGCCCACGACAGUAUCAGUAAGCUGAGGAACACUCUGAAGUUCCUGCUCGGAAACCUGCAGGGUUUCGACCCGCGACACCAGGUCGUGGACCCCAAACAGAUGCACUACAUUGACCAGUACAUGCUGCACCUGCUGCGCGAGUACAGCAUCAAGGUUACAGAUGCCUACAGUGAAUUUGAUGCCGGCAGAGUCAUCCGUGUGCUGCAGGCUUUCAUAACCAGAGAACUCUCCAGCUUCUACUUCAGUAUCAUCAAGGACAGAUUGUACUGCGAUCCAGAAGACUCGUUGGGUCGAAGAUCCUGUCAGACAGUUUUAGAGGAAAUUCUGGAUGGCCUGACGAGAUCCGUCGCUCCCAUCCUGCCACAUCUGGCCGAAGAGGUCUACCUACAUGCACCAGGACAUGACGAAGGGGAGACAUUAUUUAAAAGCGGCUGGAUCAAAAGCAGCUCUGUGUGGCGGCGACCAGGAUUAGAGGAGGCUGUCGAAGGAGCGUGUGCCAUCAGGGACUCCUUCCUGUCCUCCAUUCCUGGCAAAAAUGCUGCCCAGUACGACCUGACUAUCGCCAUUGAGCCUGGUCUCCUGUUUGAACUCAUGGAAUCUCUCCAGGAGGAGUCCACCUCCACCACCUCCCAGCUGGUUGAGCUGAUGAUGGCAGCCCGGGUCAACCUGACCACCAAGAUGCCUCGAGACCUGCACCCGGAGGCCCUGCUGAACCAUGGCACCUUCCUCAUCAACCUGGAGGGUGGUGUAAUCCGUGAGGAGAGCGCCUACAGUAUCGCAGUGAUGCCCACCUCUGCCGCCCGUUGCCCACGCUGUCGACGCUACACUGCAGACUCAGCAGGCUGCCUUUGCCCGCGUUGCCAGAGUGUCGUCUCCCAGGCUAACUGAGGACCUCUGGCUUGGUUCGCUGGGUGAAGGGCUGACCAGCGACCAAGUUUCAUGCUCCCUUUGGAGGCUGUAAAAAGGACUAAAAUCAGCUGCUCUUGUGUUCUAGUUCUCUGUCUGAGGACUGCUUAUUGGAAGAACAGUGAAGCCUCAGCUUUGUACAGGAAGGCAACAAAACACCCAGUCUCUGAAGUGUGUUUUAACAGUCGUAGAAAAAUGGUCCACAGGUGGGGUUUUCCAUUCAGAGAGCGAGUGGGUGUGUGUGUGUUCUUCUCAAAAGCUACACUUCACUCCAAAAUCAAAUGUGCACGUGUCCCCUCUGGUCUGUAGUGUUUUAGUUUCCCCCCUUUUCUUUUUUUCAGUCUGGGUUGUUUUGGUGUGAGCUGCCAGGGUUUGGAGAUGCCAGCUGUAGAGAUGUUUAUCUUCUCUAAUAAUGAUAUAAUAACCAAAACAGAACAAAUUCAAAGAUGUGUUAGAAACACAAGCUGUUUGGUUGUUGUUUUGAGUCUCCAGUUGCACUUGAAGACAAUCAUGUCUUUGUUAGCGGAUUUCUCGUCCUUGAUUCCCAUCGUGUGAAGUAUUUAACACAUUCAGCAUCAGAUAAAAUGUGCCUCAGAUGCAUUGAUGGUUUCAACCAUGGUGUAGAAUCUUGGUUGAUCUCAUUUUUAUUGAAUUUAGGUUUCUGUAUUUCACUGUUCACUAGCAGCUGGUGCUCCUCGUAUGAGCGUCUUGGCCGCCGUAUUUUGAUAUAAAAAAGUCUCAAAAUGUAUUGAAUUAAUUAUUCUAAAGUCUCAAGUUUUUUUCCUAAUGUAAUUUAAGGAUUGGCAGGAAUCCUGGAAUCUACAUAUAUCUAUGCACAAACGAGCAUUCGCACACCCGAACAGGCCAUAAACGUAAUGUCCGAUCACUGCAUGCUUCUUUUGGUUGGUGGAUUUAGAUGAUUCCUACAUGAAACUGCUCAUAAGAUAUGUAGAUUUAUUUUUAUUUGAUUUUUUUUUUUUUAUUUAUUUAUUUUUUGUUGUGACUAAGUUUUAAAAAUGUAUUUAGCCAUUUAGAGCCAUAGUAUUCCAGGGCAGCGAGGAAUCGAAAACAAUCCAGAUGUUAAACAGUGCUGCAAACCAGAGGACAAAUAUGAAUAUUUGAUUUUGAGGUGGAAUGUCCCUUUACUGUCUGGGAAAAGAAUUCGCUGCAAUGAGUCACUGUGUGACAGCAAAACAGAUGAUGGUGGGCACUCCUCUGUAUAAUAACUCGUGUUCCUUGUAAACUUUCUCAAAGAAUUCAAAGUUGUCUGAAUUAUAAAUAUGAAAUAAAUAAAUGGGUCUUCAUGGACUCUGUUCUAAGCUUU